CCUUCUUCAGGGCAAACAGAUUCAGUUCUAAAUGAACGCGGAAAAAUCCACGUUCAUUCCCCCUGGAUGCAACGUUCCAAGUAUUCUCGUCGAUAUGCGUGGCAUUUGUUUGGUUCUGAGCCAUGCAUGCUCUGGACUCCGUGACGUCACAGUUAGGUAUCGGAUUUCCACUUACGACAGGCACCACAGAAAAAGAAAAUGUACAAAAUGCGUUGAAGUUUGGAAUAUAGUAGGCUCUUACCACUAGAAUGACCGGACCUAUGCGCAGGUAGAAAAUUGCCUACUUGAAGUUUUGGUGAUAGCCCAUUUUGCCUGCUAUUUCUUGACGAUACCACACACUGGUUGUAACGUCACAAUAAUAACAAUUUAAUAUUUCGCUCACACGCAACCAUGGUUUUAAAAACACACAGACAUGAAUCGUUGUGCUUUCUGUUAGACAGAAGACAUGCUUGGGGGUACACGAUACAUUAGCGGGGGACCUUAGAUUAGAAAAUAAGCCCUAAAAUCUCAGGAAGCUAUCUUUCCUAUGAUGUCAACUGAAACAGCCAAAGUGCACGCCACUGUGGUGAAUACAAGGAGAAGAGUUUUGGGAGAUGUUAACCCUGAAUGGCGUCAUAAUGUCAGUAACUACGCAACUGACUUCACCAAAAAACCACUAGGCAGCCAUGCGGGGCGAGUCGAUCUACCAAUACCGGACAAUCGAAAGAAUAACCCCCAUCCUUCUCACUUAGCACAUUUAAGGAGACUCACCAAUGAGCCUGUGUGCACAGUUAGGACAAUUAUUGCGCAGUCUGGCGAGGAGGGCGCCACACACACCAUGAUUUCUUCCAUGAGAGCGCAUUAUCCUACAAGGGAAAGUCCCGUUCGUUUGAUCAGGUCUACACGCUUUGGGUGCAAUCCUUCUAAAAAGAUUGCUGCAUGUGGCAUUGUACCAACUUCUCCUGAGCCGGAAUUGGAACCAGAACGACUUCUACCCGCGUGUCACAAGCAUACAACCAUGAUGACAACUUCUAGUCCAUUCUCUUACGUGCCGCGAAGAAGAAAAAUUGUUCCUAGGACAUACGACGAAGGUUUCACACUGUGUGAGCCUCAGCCUGGAGAUGCUGUCCCGGUCGGCAAGAGUUGUCUUCCGCGUCGGCCAAGACGACGCCAAGUAGAAAGCGCCCCACAGACAACGCUUCAAGUGAGUCAUUUCGAUGGAGGCGCCCCACCAGACAAUACCCGUACGAUCACUGGGCGCAAGAAGAGAUACAUUCCUGACAUUAAACUCCUUGGCAAUGCUUCAUUGCCUUCUUGGAUGACAAGUGCUUUUUAGCAUAAUUAUUGUAAAUACUGUUUCGUUUUUAUUUUCACGUAAAUGGAAGAUUAAUGGAAAAUUACUUUAAAGAAAUUAAAAAGUGAUAAAGAUGUCUUUAAGAAAAAGAUUACAUUUUGACAAUACUUUUGAGAGCACAGGUUGUAUGGGGGACUUUUUCUCAUAUUUAAGAAACUACAUGUAGUAGUAACUUCAAAGAACAACUUCCAAAUUGUUGUUAAAAACUGAGAGGUUUAAGAAAUGGUCAAGCCCCUUUGGAGGAACCAAGUUCACUGGAUGAAACCAUAAUUUUUUACCCAGUCACCUGGAAGGUUUGCAAGAGGUCAAUGUAUCUUUUCUUUCGGUUUGAUCAAAUGCAUACUGCACUAUACAGAGGAAGAAAGUGUGUCAUUCCAAAAUGAGGGCAACUGCAGAUACGAAUGCAGAAUAAAUGUUGUAAGCCCCCAAUAGUUUAGUCUAAAUUUGAGUUAAAAAAAGAUUUUCUAGUUAUUUACACUGGGACAAAGUACAGAUCUUCAAGCCUUUAUUUUCAAAAGACUUUGUGUUGUUUUACUGCAUUGGCUCUUGCCUGGACCAACAAAAUAAAUGAUUCACAGGAACACAUCGUUGUAAAUAGUAGUAUUCAGCAUGAUAAUGAAUUAAACCCAAUGCAUGACAUCCAAA